UGGAAAGAAGGAUGGAGGACAGGGAGGGAUAGAGAACGGGCGGUGGUGGGGUGUGUUUCGGAUAGAGAAUUGGAGCAUGUGAGAGAGGUUCUGGAGAGCAGGUUCUCCACGAAGACAACCAUGGAGGGAAACCGGAUUACCACUGCUGGGACCCAAACCAGAGCCGGUUCAGCAACGGACCUCCAGGUUUUGACCCACAGGGUGGGGCUACUGGAACACAGCGUGAGAGACAAUGUCAGCUCCUUUGCAGAGUCUGAGAGCGUCCUGCACAACAGGAUCAGAGAGCUGGAGGUGUCAGAGAAGAGCCUGCUACAGAAAGUGGAGGAGCUCACCGCCAACUCAAUCCUCCGCUGUCCCAGCAUGCAGCAGCGCCAGAGGCUGGACGAGCGGCUCCAUGCGCUCAGGGAGGAGGUGCGGUCUGUGUCCCAGGAGAAGGAGCGCGGUGAACGUGUUUGGAGAGACAGGCUACAGCGAUGCCAGGCACUACUCAGGGCCAAAGAAGAAGAGAUGGGCCACCAGUCGCAGUACUUUGAACGCUUUAAAAGCCAGUUACAGCAGAAGCUUGACCUGGCCAGAGACCGAGAGCAAAGCCUGCAGACCAGAGUCCGCCAACUGGAGAAUCAGGUCCUGGAGAUGACUGGGUCUGAAACCACCAACAUAACCAGAGUUAAUGCAGCCUGCCUCAACACUGCUACUGCAGCCAAUGUCAGCAGUGUCAUGGCAACCACCUCAGCUCAACAUAGGGCAGAGAUGGACUCAGAGAGACUGCCCCACCCAAGAGAGGAAGGAGAGGGAGAGGAGGAGGACAGGGAGGAGACGACACUGUGGAGACACUAUGCACAGCAGCUCCAGCAGAAACCGGGGGAUGAUGAUGAUGGAGAGAUAGAGGGUGAAGGAGAGGCUGAAAGUCCAGGAGCUGGGGCCAAACUGAGAGACUUUAUCCUCAGCCUUCAAGAGGACCUCAGAGGACUGCUGGGGAGGGAGGAGCAGGGGAUUGCGGAGCGGAGGGGACUGAUGGAGCAACUGCAGGAGGCACAGGAGAAUGUCCGCUUCCUCUCAUGUGAGGUGGAGGAGAUGAGGACACUGGUCCACACGCUGAAGCUGACGGAGAGCUCCCUGACAGAGGAGGUGGAGGAGCUGCAGGAAGAGAACCGGAGACUGUGUCAGAGGCUCAGCUACACCCUCAGAGAGAUCAACCACCACUCUGGUUCUGCUGAGCUGGACUCUAAACUCAGUCCCGGGUCCAGCUCAGCAGACCCAGGACCCAGCCUGGAUAACCCAUCGCCAAACUCCCCUGCCCUUGAUCAAGCAAGUCCUUCCUCUGUGGACAAUUUUGGCCCGGUGAAGCUGACCCCAGGCCUGUCAUUGCGAGACACACCUAUCUCAGCCCACCGAUAUGGAACAGCCCCGAGGUCCCAGGAAGACUCCAUUUUGCCUCUGCCCCAGCCGGACCUCCUGAACCUCUCAGGCCACCUUCGUGAGAACCCGGGUCUCCUAGCACCAGGGACAAAGAGCAGUGAGCCAGCAGAGAUGAGUCGUGGGGAUUGGUGUCCUGAUCCCGGGGGUUUGACUUCUCUCAACCUGGACAAAGGGACGAGCGAGGAGACCGAGGCCCUGAGAGGAGCUUACCUGGACAUGGGUGGUGAGAUGGACUCAAUCCACGACCACAGGGACCUGCUGGAGGGCACUCAACAACACACACAGGAUGAUCUGCACAGGGUGACCGAGGAGAACACCCGACUGAUAUGGAAACUCAGGGAACUGGGAGGAACGGAAGCCUGCGAGAUGGAGCAAGGGUCCUCGCCUACAGACCAGAAGAGCAAGACAGGAAAUGUACAAGAAAACAGGGUGACGACUCAAAACCGAAUACCUUCAGAAAGCAGAGAGCCUAAUAGCACUCCAACCCAGGAUCAUAAUAUCCUAGCCUUAACCCAGGAUGACCUUUCUCUGUACACCUUAACCCAGGAAGAGCUGGUUCUUGCCUUGAACCAGGAGAAUCGGGCCCUGGGCAGGCGUAUCCAGGAGCUCUUGGCACAUAUAGAGAGCCAGGAAGGGGAGAGUGAACGGGAGCUGGCCCAGCUCAGGCAACAGGUGUCCCUGCUUGAGAAAGAGAGCCACAGCCUGGAGCAGGAGAAUCAGGAGCAGGGAAGUCUUAUUACGGAGUUGACCAGGAAGACUGAGGAUGACCUCAACACUAUCAUGGAGCUGCGGCAGAGAUUGUCAGAGAGCGGUCAGCGAGGCCUCAUACAGGAUAACCAGGGUUCCGUCCAGUCGGAGUGCUGUCAACAGAGCGAGCAUACUGUCCCGUCAAAGUACGCUAAACAGGGUCAAGACACUUCAGGGUUUGCGAACAGUCUACAGGGCGAUCUCACAGCAGGGUCGGCGAACAGUGAAGAACUGCUGGUUGACCACACAGUCAGGUCAGUGUGUGGUUCACAGAAAGACCGUUUGACCUCUGAGUCCAUGGGCAGGCUCAGAGAGGAGAGAGACGACCUGAUUGGGUCUGUCAGGAGUCUCAAAGAGGAAAGAGAGCAGGUAGCCUUGUCAAUUAGUAGCCAGACAGAGGAGAAACACCAGCUGACACGCUCACUGUGGCUUCUGAAAGAAGAACGAGACCAGGUCAAUCAGUUACUCAGCAGUUUAAAAGAGGAGAAAGAACAGCUUUCAAAGUCUCUAUGCAGUCUGAAAGAUGAGACGGACAAGAUGAAACGGUCUUUGUGUGGUUUAAAAGAGGAGAGAGACCUGCUAGUUCAGUCAAUGUCAGUUUUCCAGGAGGAAAAAGACAAGCUCUCACAGUCUCUCUGCACUCAAAAAGAUGGUAGAGAACUUAACGAGUCACUUUACCGCCUGAAGAAAGAGAGAGACCAGUUGAAGUCAAUGUGUAGUUUAAAAGAAGAGAGAGAACCAAGAACACAGCCCCUCCAUAAUCUAGAGCAGGAAAGAGACAAGCUGUCAUCUCUCUGCCAUCAAAAAGACAUUAGCGCUCUAAAACAAGACAGAGAGCAGACAGUUCAGUCAAUAGAUGUUCUAAGGGAACAGAGAGAACAGUUGAGGGAGGAGAGGGACCAGAUGCAAAUGGACAUCGCUGCCUUAAGGAAUCAGCUACUGUUACCGGGGUGGAGUCACAACCAGCAGCUGUCCGGGAACCCCAUUGGCAUGGCAACACACAUAGAAGGUGUGGCUUCAGAGAGCAGGGGUGCAGUGCCAAACAUGGACGUUGAUGACGAAGUCAGUCAGAGAGUUCCUGCCUUGGCCUACUCCUGCACGACCACUGACCUGUCUCCGUCUGCUCAGGACCAGUUGGGAGACAAGAGGACAGAUGUGGAGACCAAUAAUCUGGUGAAGGAGAUGGAGUUGUUGGGGGUAGAACUCAGAAGGUCCAGAGAAGACCUGGAGAAGGCCAAAUCAGAGGCUCAGGAAUGGUCCCGGGAGCUGGGUGUGUCUGAGGUAAGACGAGAGGAAGCUGAGAAGAAAGCACUACAGGCAGCCAGUAAAUUAAAGAAGUUGAGGGAGGAAACCGAGGAGAUUGAGAGGGAGAACCACACACUGAGAGCAGAGGUGGGACAGGUGAAGAGCAGAUUGGCAGGUCUGAAAAGAGAAGAGACUGAUGCUCACUCACUGAGGAUCAAGAUGGAAGAAAAGUUCAACUUGCUUCAGGCUGAACUCAAAGAAAAGAGUGUGGCUCUAACGGAGUUGAGUUCAGAGUACAUGUCCCUGAAGAGAGAGCAUGGCAGCGGGGAAGAGUGGAGCUCAACAAUCCUCUCUCUGAGGGCGCGUUACCAGGAUGUCAGAACCAAGUACGAUGUCCUCCUGAGACAGAAGAGCCAGACAGAUCUGGACGUAGCUCCUCUCAAGGCCAAGCUGUCGGCUCUAGUGAGGAAGUGCCAGCAGAGGAACAGCGUACUGGUUCAGAUGCUGCGAGCCCUCCGUGGGUACGGCCAUCUGGAUUACAGUCUGACUCAGGAGGCUGAGGACCUGCUCAACGACCCCACGCUGCUGGACUAUGUCAGAACCUUCAGUCCGGCUGCCACUCGGCCGGAGAAUACCAAUGUUCUUAAGGCUGCAGCCACAAGACUACCGGAGUGCACCGAGAUCUCCGCUGUAGCCUGCACGGCACAGCCUCCCCUUUCUGCAGGUGAAUCAGUGCAGGCCACUGGAGCACAAGAUAGACAUGGGAUGGACCAUCCCAAGAUAAGAGGGGAGCCCAGCCUGGUCCCUGAUCGCUUAGAUGCGCGAGGGAGACGACUCACCAUCACUCCUUCUUCAUCAGACAGAUGUGCCAGUCCGAGUAGGAAGCUGACCAGCCCUGAGAAGAUCAUCAACCUUCACCAGCAGCUGCAGAAUAUGCUCUCCAAUAGCUCCCAGGUUCUCCCUUUCAAGAGCAGCCCUCAGGUUAAACCCAGUCCCCCCCCGGGCCUGGGGAACUCCCCAGGAUACCCGGACCCGUCCCCUGAUGACGCCGCCCAACCUGAGCACACCCCCAUAGCAGCAAACCCAACUACUACUCCCCUGUCAAUCACUGAGCCCACUAGGACUUCCGGUGGUGGUGUUACCUCCGACCAUCCUGCCGGCACCACCUCAAUCACCACCGCUGCUGUCCUCAGCAGGACUGAACAACACUCCUCAGCUACCUCUAAGACGACCAGCCCUGUUAGGACACCUCCUACCACCAAGGCCUGGUUUGUUAAAGCACCAACUAGCCCUGCCUCAUUGAACACUAACCCCACCAACCCUGGCCCCGCUAUUUCCCUGAAAACUAUAGCCCCCACCAAAAUGGCUGCUAUCACUACUGCUCUUCCCUCUUCCCUACCGCCUGUCGGGGAGCAUUGUGUCAAGAAGCCCUUGUCCGGGUACCAACCUGAACAGGCUAAAUCAACCACACUGGCUAAAACCAGAACUAAACCAGAACGUCCGGCUGAUGUGAGCUCUGUUGAGGUCAUCAGGACGGUUGGACAGAGCAGCCUCAUGAUUGGCUGGGAGAGACCGCCCCUUGAUGAGCUGGGCUGCAGCAACGGAACGUUUGUGUAUGGAUACAGGGUCUAUGUAGAUGGGGAAUUCCACAAGUCUGUCAUGAGCUCUGCAUGCACCAAGUGUAUUCUGGAGAAUCUGGAUCUGUCCGGUCAGGUCCACAUCAGUGUCCAGACGCUGGGCUCCAAUGGCCUCUAUGCUGAGAAGGUCCACCUCAUCUACAAGGGAAACCAAGCCAAUUUUAGUACAGACCAGAACCCUUUCAUCAUUGACUAUAUCCAUGUCAAUACAGCUGCUGGUCACUGGACAGAUCCUCUUUCUCCAGACUGUAGGACUCCGCCCGCACAUCCACAUAGAAGCUUCACCCAACCAUUUGUAGCGAUCUACAACUACACCCCCCUUAGGGACAGCCCUAACCUCCGACCUGGCCGAGAGCUGGCCUUGACUGUGGGAGACACUGUCACGUUGCUAGGAAACCCCCGCAGCCAAGACUUCUGUGAGGCAGAGGUGAUUGACAGACAAGGAGUCCUGGAGGAAGUACCUGUUCCCUACCAACGUGUAAGCCCCGCCGCUCCCAAGUCUUCUCCCGAGAGAGGAGCAAAUGAAAGGCCACUGUGACUGCCAAUCAGACAGGUUAAGAUUAUAGCCGCUGUGACUGCCAAUCAGUGAGGACGACGUAACAGGCUACUAUGACUGCCAAUCAAAGUAUGCUUUCCUACAGAGAGCAAAAUGCUAUGACAUUCGCUAAUGCUAACCGCCCGUGACCUAACAUUCAUAAGUGUUCACCGCCCAAAGUCAUUUGAGUUGGAAGGCUAACCCUAAAUGCGGAAAGGGCAUAUAUGUGUGAGUAGGGCCAAGUUUGACACUCUGCUUAUUGUUUAGAUACUUCUAGCCUGCAUAACGCCCAUUGAGAUUGUCGAAUCACCACAGACUGUCCUUCAAAAUCCCCCCUGUUCUCAGUGUGACAGAACCAAGGUGGGUCUGAAGGAUGUGACUAUAUAGCAGUAAGUCAUUUAGCAUCGUUACAGUCAUGCAUGCUGAAAUAGUUUGGGAAUGGUUGGUCCUUUGGCGCCACACUCUGCCAGCGGAGCUAAAGAGGGACCUAAUUUCUCUGACAAACCAACAGCAUGGUGAUGUCAGGUGACAUCAGCGUGAUGAAGUAGUUUUUGCAAGGUUAUUGUACUUGAUCUUUUGAUACCGAGCCAUAUUAUGUAGAAGGCCAUCCAUUCCAAAGAUUUUUCAGUUCCUCGCUGUUAUACAAUAGCCAAUCAUGGUUUUCAAAAUCAAAUCGUGGCAUUUUAUUAAAGUCUGAUAUGUUGUUUUACUGCGAAAUCUAGUCAUUUGUGUAAUUCAGAUGAAUAUGGUCCGGUUUUGCGAACACAGGUUGAGCCUAGUCAUGGACUGAAAAAAUCCAGCUCAAUGGAGAUUUUUUGUUGUUGUCCAUGACUAUUCAAACUCCUAAGUAAGCUAAAAUGGCCCUAAAUGUUCUCACUGAUAUUUUAAAGAUUAUUGAAGAACCUGAGAUAUGCCAAUGGUGUGUGCUGAACUGUAUGCGUGAUGGUGUAGGUAUCUCAUUUCAUUUUCUCAUCCACAGUCUAUCUACAAUCCUAACUGAAGUUGACUGUCUUUAUUACAUUUUGAUGUCCUUCUCUGAAAGCAUCUAAAAUGAAAUGGAGAAAACACGUUCUGUGUAGCACACUUUCCUUGUCCUUUCGCUGACUGUGAUGGUGCCACAAAUGUAUUUUUGUAUAAAUAUGUGUAAAUUGUCAUUUUAUUUCCUAAUGAUUCCAAUAGACUGUAUAAAGAGAAUAAAUGUUUAUAUGAUCAUAGUGUUUCUUGUAUUUUGUCAAAUCCAAUUUGUACCACUAGAUGGCAGUCACUGAAAUCCAGCCACUGUGACUCUUGGCAGGAAUCAACCUUUCAUACAUAACAUGUUUCUGUGUCAUUUAAA